AUGAAUUUCCAUCCUAAUACUUCUCUUCACCUAACCCAACCAGAUCAUGAGAAUCAACUCAAUCUAGAUCUUCACCUUGAGCCAUCAUCAUCUCCUUCAUCUUCACCUAUUAGUUCCACGGAGCCUCAGCCUCGCAUAUUCUCAUGCAACUAUUGCCAGAGAAAGUUUUACAGCUCUCAAGCGCUUGGAGGCCAUCAAAAUGCUCACAAGCUGGAAAGGACACUGGCCAAGAAGAGCAGGGAGUUGAGUUCAGCCAUGCAAUCUUAUGGAGGACAAGAUCAGCGAUCAAACUUCAGUGCUUCUCACCAUCUUGGUCGUGCUCUUGGGGUCCUUGAUGACCAAGGACAAGGUGAGAAGCUUGUUGGACAAAGAGAGUUUAGUUAUGGUUCCAAGGAAGGUGUGGCUUCCUGGUCCAGAGGUUAUCCUUCUGAAAAUGUUCAGGAUGAUAUUAGCCAGCUUGACCUGUCGUUAAGGCUUUGA